AUGUUAUUGUCUCUCUUUUCAGUGGGUGAAGUAAGUGAUAAGAAUAUAACUCUGAGAGACCAUUUUUUCUGCCGUCCACCUCCAAAUUAUAAUGAUAAGUUCCGGACUUUGUGUGGUAGUUGUACUUCUAAUUUAGCAGGAAUGAGAAUUGCUUUGAUUGUUAUGAGCUGCAUUAUCCUUGUUCUGAUUGGAUGUUUGUGUAUCAUCAUUCACUGCUACUGCAAGAAAUUCAAGUCUUUUGACUCUACUCAAAGACCUGCUGAACCAUCCAGACAACGCCAGACAUCUGCUGUUACCCCAUACCACACAACAUUAGUCCAGCCUCUCAUGUCAGGACAACAUGUGAAUGGAGUGUCUGAAACGAACAAGUUCAAGAAACCCUACAAAGAACACACUUAUGAUCAUUUGAACAAUUUCCAGAGUGUGAAUUACAACCUUAACAAUCCCCAGACUGUCAAGGUGGAUCCCUAUAAGCAGAAACCGUUUCGGAAACGUUCUUGCGAGGAUGAUGAUUCUGACUCUACCUUUUUCUUUUCUUCAUCUUUUUUCUUUUCACUUUUUCUUUUCUUUUUUCUUUCCUUUUUUCCUUUUUUUACCUUCUUCUUUUCAUUCCUGUUCUCCUCCUCCUUUUUUCUUUUUGCUUCUUUUCUUUCCUUCUUUUCCUCUCUUUUUUCUUCUUUUCUUUCCAUCUGUUUUCUUCUUGCUUCCUUUUUCUUUUCUCCUUUUGUCUUUCUUCUUUUCUUUCCUCCUUUUUUCUUUUAA